AGGAGCCGGAGGGAGCCGCCAUCAUGGGCGACAAAAUGGACAUGUCUUUGGACGACAUCAUCAAGCUGAACCGGAGUCAACGGGGCGGAGGUGGCCGAGCCGGAGGUGGUCGAGGCCGGGGAAGAGGAGCUACGGGUCGAGGAGGAGGAGCUGGUCGAGGAGGAGCUGGACGCGCAGGCGGAGGCGGCCCCGUCCGGAACAGAGCCGCUCUGUCCCGGGGAGGCGGCAGGAACAGGCCCGCGCCCUACAGCCGGCCAAAACAACUCCCUGAAAAGUGGCAACAUGAUUUGUUCGAGAGUUGCUUUGGCCCUGGCGCUGGCGUGGAAACGGGUGGAAAGCUCCUCGUCUCUAAUCUGGAUUUUGGUGUUUCGGAUGCAGACAUACAGGAGCUUUUUGCAGAAUUUGGGACACUGAAGAAGGCAGCAGUACACUAUGAUCGUUCUGGACGAAGUUUAGGUACUGCAGAUGUUCAUUUUGAGAGGAAGGCUGAUGCUCUGAAGGCUAUGAAGCAAUACAAUUGCGUUCCCUUGGAUGGACGUCCCAUGAACAUUCAGCUGGUUACAUCACAGAUAGAUACACAGAGGAGACCAAUACAGAGUGUAAGUAGAGGAGGUAUGACAAGAAACCGUGGUGGCUCAGGUGGCUUUGGUGGUGGCAACAGACGAGGCAGUCGUGGCAAUAGAGGCAGAGGCAGAGGUGCUGGUAGGAGUUCCAAACAGCAGCUCUCUGCAGAAGAAUUGGAUGCACAGUUGGAUGCUUAUAAUGCUAGGAUGGAUACCAGUUAAAUCUAAUGAUGCGUCACAUGCAUGGAAAGGACUGCAAACAUCUCAUUCCAUGCUCCCUAGUGGGAGGGAAGGGUGUAUAGCGGCGGCUACUAAUAUCAAGAAUGGGAUUUGUUUUACUUUUAUGUUUUGAAAUAGGUUUUAAACUCAUGUAAAGGUUUCUUUCUUUUUUUUAAAUUCUGAAACAGAUCUGUUUUGUACCGAGUUAUUUUUGGGAAAAAUUUUACUGGUUGCCUGUUGGGCCAAAGUGGCUUUUUCACUUUGGCAGUAAUAAAAUAGAAAUGUGUCUAGAGCUGUAAAUGUCUGCUUCAUGUUGCAGCUGGAGCCUAGCCUUUGGGCUGCAAAAGCAAAGAUGAAUAGGGGAAGCAGAUUGCCUGCUAGCCCCCAGCUAAAUAGUUGGUGCUGAUUGCCCUUCCCAUGAGGAGGGAUUCUGUUCUCUCAGGUCUCCCUCCUCCACUCUGCUUCAGAAGGGGUUUGUAAAUUCUGCAUCCCACCAUCUUCUGUAUGCUAAUUCUUCUCCUUCAAUUUGUGCAAAAGCCACCAUUGUGACUACUGUUGCAGGGAGAUGAUGUUCCCUGGUGAAGCUGACUUUGGAGGUCAUGGGGAGGGAGUAAAUUUCUUGUUAAAGUUGUUUUGUAUUUAACACUUGAUUCCAAAGUUCAGUGCUGGUCCCUCAGUAUUUUUACUGUAAAAUAGUUGCUGUGAAAAUUCAGUGACACCAACAUGACAAGUAAAGAUUUAGUCUUUCAACUUGUAAUUCCCUAUUGAAUUCUUAUUUCAAGUAAAUCUAAAGACAUUUG